AUGGGUGCCUCACUCCCCCCCAAAGAGGCCAACCUCUUCAAGCUCAUCGUCAAAUCAUAUGAAACCAAACAAUAUAAGAAGGGACUGAAGGCAGCAGAUGCCAUAUUGAAAAAGUUUCCAGACCAUGGAGAAACUUUGUCGAUGAAGGGGUUGACAUUAAAUUGCAUGGACCGCAAAUCCGAAGCAUAUGAACUUGUCAGGAUUGGAUUAAAGAAUGACCUCAAAAGUCAUGUUUGCUGGCAUGUUUAUGGUCUACUUUAUCGGUCAGACAGAGAAUACAGGGAGGCCAUAAAAUGCUACAGAAAUGCGCUGAGGAUAGAUCCAGACAAUAUUGAAAUAUUACGUGACCUGUCACUCUUACAGGCUCAAAUGCGGGAUUUGACUGGUUUUGUUGAGACAAGACAACAACUUCUGACUUUGAAACCAAAUCAUCGCAUGAAUUGGAUUGGCUUUGCUGUUGCCCAGCAUUUAAAUGCAAAUGCUUUAAAAGCUGUUGAAAUUCUCGAAGCAUAUGAAGGGACACUAGAAGAUGAUUAUCCUCCAGAUAAUGAGCGCUGUGAGCAUGGGGAGAUGCUUUUAUAUAAGAUUUCAUUGUUAGAGGAAUGCAACUUAAUUGAGAGAGCUCUUGAGGAAUUGCACAAGAAAGAGACAAAAAUUGUUGAUAAGUUAGAUUAUAAAGAACAAGAAGUUUCUCUUUUGGUGAAGCUUGAUCACCUGGAAGAAGGUGCUGAAUUGUAUAGGAUAUUGCUUUCCAUGAAUCCUGACAAUUAUAGAUAUUAUCAAGGCCUGCAAAAAUGUCUUGUGCUGUAUGCUGAGAAUGCCCAGUAUUCACCUGAUGAAAUUGAACGGUUAGAUGCCUUAUACAAAUCACUUGGGCAGAAAUACAGUUGGUCGUCUGCUGCUAAGAGAAUACCACUUGAUUUUUUACAAGGUGACAAGUUUCGAGAAGCAGCAGAUAAUUAUAUCAGGCCCCUUCUUACCAAGGGAGUUCCUUCAUUAUUCUCCGAUCUUUCUCCUUUGUAUGAUCACCCUGGAAAGGCAGACAUUCUGGAACAGCUUAUUCUUGAGUUGGAACAUUCAAUUAGGAUGACUGGCCGAUACCCUGGGAGGGCAGAGAAGGAGCCCCCUUCAACACUUUUGUGGGCCUUGUUUUUGUUGGCUCAGCAUUAUGAUAGACGAGGCCAAUAUGACAUUGCUUUAUCUAAAAUUGAUGAGGCCAUGGAGCACACUCCAACUGUGAUUGAUUUAUACUCUGCCAAGAGCCGGGUUUUGAAGCAUGCUGGUGAUUUGCCUGCUGCUGCUGCAUUGGCAGAUGAAGCUAGAUGUAUGGAUCUUGCAGAUCGCUAUAUAAACAGUGACUGUGUUAAGCGUAUGCUGCAGGCUGAUCAGGUUCCUUUGGCAGAAAAAACUGCUGUAUUGUUCACAAAAGAUGGUGAUCAGCACAACAACCUUCAUGAUAUGCAGUGCAUGUGGUAUGAACUUGCUUCUGGUGAGAGUUAUUACCGCCAAGGUGAUCUUGGACGAGCUCUGAAAAAAUUUUUAGCCGUGGAGAAGCACUAUGCUGAUAUUACAGAAGAUCAGUUUGACUUCCAUUCUUAUUGCUUAAGGAAAAUGACUCUACGUGCCUAUGUGGAAAUGCUUAGAUUUCAAGAUCGGUUGCAUUCACAUGCAUAUUUUCACAAAGCUGCAGUUGGUGCAAUCAGAUGCUAUUUGAAGCUGUAUGAUUCUCCUUUGAAAUCUACCUCUGAAGAAGAUGAUGAGAUGUCUAAGUUGCUCCCUUCUCAAAAAAAGAAAAUGAGGCAAAAGCAGAGAAAGGCGGAAGCACGAGCUAAGAAAGAGGCAGAGGGAAAAAAUGAAGAAUCUAGUGUGAGUGGUGUAUCUAAGUCUGGGAAACGACAUGUAAAGCCUGUUGAUCCAGAUCCACAUGGGGAGAAGUUGUUGCAGGUUGAGGAUCCAAUGUUAGAAGCUACAAAGUACUUGAAGCUGCUUCAGAAGAACUCGCCCGAGUCCUUAGUGACACACUUGCUUUCUUUUGAAGUAAAUAUGAGAAAGCAGAAGAUUUUGCUUGCCUUUCAGGCUUUGAAGCAGCUUCUGAGGUUGAAUGCUGACCACCCAGAUUCACAUCGCUCCUUGAUUAAAUUCUUCCAUAAAGUUGGCUCCAUGCCUGCUCCUGUGACUGAUAAUGAGAAACUCAUUUGGAGUGUGUUGGAAGCAGAGCGCCCAUUGAUCAGUCAAUUGCAAGGGAAGUCUUUAAUUGAGGCAAACAAGAAUUUCUUGGAGAAACAUCAAGAUUCCUUGAUGCAUAGAGCUGCAGUUGCAGAAAUGCUAUAUACUAUGGAACCAGAAAAGAAAUCUGAGGCUAUUAAAUUAAUUGAAGAGUCAACCAACAAUAUGGUGCCCAAAAGUGGAGCACUUGGACCUGUCAAAGAGUGGAAACUCAAAGAUUGCAUUACUGUCAACAAACUCCUUGAAACAAUAAUUGUUGACCCUGCGGCUGCUCUGAGAUGGAAAGAGCGAUGUGCUGAGUACUUCCCUUACUCUACGUUCUUUGAAGGGAAUCGUAGCUCUGCAGUACCCAACUCAGCAUACAACCAAAAUGGAAGUGCGAACCACUCAGAAGGUGGGCAAAGUGCAGAUUCAAUCGCAGUAAAUGGGAAAUUAGAGGCAUUUAAAGACCUCACCAUGCAACCAUAA